GAGUGAAUAUUGGUGCUACAUUCAUCAGGCGUCUGAGCUGCACCCGGCAGAGGAUGCAGCUGGUUGUCAUGGUAGCAGUGCUGGCGAUGGCGGGGGUGGGGCAGGGCUGCAGCUUUGAGUGCCAUCCAAAGAACGUCAGCAUCCCCGUGGAGAGCUGUGGCAGCACCGAGUUCAUCAUCACCACCAUAUGUGAAGGACAGUGUUACCACAGGGAUCCCGUCUACGGCCAAGAAGAACAGCAGAUCUGUAGUGGUGACUGGUUCUAUGAUGUGAAACACUUUGACGGCUGUCCAGUGGGAGUCACUUACCCUGUGGCCAGACACUGUGCGUGCACUGCAUGUAACACAGGAAACACGUACUGCGGACGCCUUCCUGGAUACAUACCCAGCUGUCCAUCCUUUUAAACAACCCCAUUGUCCCUUCUUGUUGCAUUUGGAUCAGAAAUA